GGAGGGUCCGCGCAACUGCAGAAGUAGCUGGCGGCCCUGGGGAUUGGGCAUCUCGGGGAUCCGCGCUCGUUCGCGCCCUGACUGAAGCAGCUGGAGCCCCGUUGGUCUGAUCCCUGCGCCCUCAGCGCAGCGGGCGAGACCGGCUCCGCUGCGCCAGUCUCGGGCCACCAGCUGUCCACCCCACAGCCGCCGCCAUCAUGCUGCUGCCCGUGUUCACCCUGAAACUGCGCCACAAAAUCAGCCCUCGCAUGGUGGCCAUAGGGCGCUACGACGGGACGCACCCGUGCCUGGCGGCCGCCACCCAAGCGGGCAAGGUUUUUAUUCACAAUCCUCAUACACGGAGCCAGCAUUUCAAUGCACCCAGGGUCUUCCAGAGCCCCCUGGAGUCUGAUGUUUCUCUUCUCAACAUUAAUCAGGCUGUCAGCUGCCUGACCGCAGGAGUAUUGAACCCUGAACUUGGCUAUGAUGCUCUUUUAGUGGGGACACAGACUAAUCUUUUGGCUUAUGAUGUCUACAAUAAUUCAGAUUUUUUCUACAGAGAGGUGGCAGAUGGGGCCAAUGCAAUUGUGUUGGGGACAUUGGGAGACAUUUCCUCUCCUCUUGCAAUUAUUGGUGGAAAUUGUGCUUUGCAGGGUUUUGAUCAUGAAGGAAAUGAUCUCUUUUGGACGGUUACUGGAGAUAAUGUUCAUUCCUUGGCCUUGUGUGACUUUGACAGUGAUGGGAAAAAAGAGCUUCUUGUUGGAUCUGAAGAUUUUGAUAUCCGAGUUUUUAAAGAAGAUGAGAUUGUGGCAGAAAUGACAGAAACAGAGAUAAUCACCUCACUCUGCCCCAUGUAUGGCAGUCGAUUUGGUUAUGCCCUUUCCAACGGCACGGUUGGAGUUUAUGACAAAACAGCCCGAUAUUGGAGAAUUAAAUCCAAAAAUCAUGCCAUGAGCAUUCAUGCUUUUGACCUUAAUUCUGAUGGAGUAUGUGAACUGAUAACUGGUUGGUCCAAUGGGAAGGUCGAUGCUCGAAGUGAUCGAACUGGGGAGGUCAUCUUUAAAGACAACUUUUCUUCUGCAGUCGCCGGUGUGAUAGAGGGAGAUUACCUGCUGGAUGGCCACGCCCAGCUAAUCUGCUGCUCAGUGGAUGGAGAAAUCCGGGGCUACCUGCCAGGCUCGGCUGAGAUGAGAGGGAACCUCAUGGACACCAGCAUAGAGCAGGACCUGAUCCGAGAACUGACUCAGAAAAAACAGAAUCUGUUGCUGGAACUCCGUAACUAUGAGGAAAAUGCCAAGGCCGAGGUGAGCAGUUCGCUGAAUGAGGCCGAUGGGCAGCGGGGCAUAAUCCCAGCCAACACCAAGCUCCACACUGCCCUCUCAGUCAACCUGGGGAACGAGACUCAGGCUGCUCAUGCAGAACUGUGCAUUUCUACUUCGAAUGACACCAUCAUCCGAGCGGUCCUGAUUUUUGCAGAAGGAAUUUUUCUAGGUGAAAGCCAUGUGGUACACCCCAGCAUUCACAGUCUUUCCAGCUCCAUCCGAAUCCCAAUUACACCUCCCAAAGAUGUCCCUGUGGAUCUGCACUUGAAAACCUUCGUGGGUUACAGAAGCAGCACCCAGUUUCACGUGUUUGAACUGACGAGACAGCUCCCGCGCUUCUCCAUGUACGCGCUGACCAGCCCAGACUCUGCCAGCCAGCCGCUCAGUUACGUCAACUUCACCAUCGCUGAACGGGCCCAGAGGGUUGUUAUAUGGCUCCACCAGAACUUUCUGCUCCCAGAAGACACUAACAUUCAGAAUGCUCCAUUUCAAGUGUGUUUCACAUCCUUACGGAACGGUAGUCAGCUGUACAUAAAAAUAAAGCUUAGUGGAGAGAUAACUGUAAAUACUGAUGAUAUUGAUUUGGCUGGUGACAUCAUCCAGUCAAUGGCCUCAUUUUUUGCUAUUGAAGACCUUCAGGUGGAAGCGGAUUUCCCUGUCUACUUUGAAGAGUUACGAAAGGUACUAAUCAAGGUAGAUGAAUAUCACUCAGUGCAUCAGAAGCUCAGCGCUGACAUGGCUGACAAUUCUAAUCUGAUCCGAAGUUUGCUGGUCCGAGCUGAGGAUGCUCGUCUGAUGAGGGACAUGAAAACAAUGAAGAAUCGCUAUAUGGAGCUCUAUGAUCUUAAUAAAGACUUGCUAAAUGGAUAUAAAAUUCGCUGUAACAAUCACACAGAGCUACUGGGAAACCUCAAAGCAGUAAACCAAGCAAUUCAAAGAGCAGGUCGUCUGCGUGUUGGAAAACCAAAGAACCAGGUGAUCACUGCUUGUCGGGAUGCAAUUCGAAGCAACAACAUCAACACGCUGUUCAGAAUCAUGCGGGUGGGGACAGCUUCUUCAUAGGAGAAGAAAGAAUAGGUAAUAAGUUCCCAGAAAGUGUUUUUCCCAAAAAAAUCUAGGUGGGGUUGCUUUGGAUGACAUUCUGGUGAACCCCAAGUGCUGAGAAUGAAAGCAACCGUGGUGAGUUGCACAAAUGAAAGACAAAGCAUUGCAUCUGAAAA